CCGAUCUCGUUCAAGAUCUCAAAAACAACAGAAAUUCGUUUAUCACUCUACAAACAACCAAUGCCCCUGGCAAAUCUCAAAGUGCUGCCUUCCAAUGAUGACAUCUCGUUAAACGUCAAGCAGGGCAUGGAUACGGUAUCCUUCAGGUGUGUGAGUAGUAAUGCACGUCGUUUGUGGACGAGUCAAUUGGAGCAAGCGAUUGAUUUGUACGCCAUUACAGCAGCCGAGCAAGAACAAGCUAGGAAACCAUCCAUACAAAACAUAAUAACUGGCCGACUGCUGGUAGAAGUGCUCAACACGCAGAACACCCCGUCAAGAAAGUUCGAAUCUCCUCCGCAAAUUCUACGGCUAUCGCUCGGCAGAGUCAGUGAGGCAUUCGAAGUGGAUUUGUCAAAAACAACGGAUCUCAAUCUGACUACGCAAUUUCCGUUUGAGACCACCUCGGAAGUAUUCACUUUGGCAAUAUAUCAGAAGAAUCUCUACAGGCCCGAUACAUUGCUGUUUGAUGAAACCACCUUAUCGCUCAAUGAAUUACUCAGGGAAUCAGCAGUGCAUCGCGGGCCAGUAAUCAAAGCAAUGCACUUAAGGAAAAGAAUCAGGGACAAAACGAAACCGGUCGAAACUAUAGCUGUGAAAUUUACCCUUAACUUCUUCGAUGCAAAUAUGUAA